CCAGCUGAGUUGCUCUAACCUUUCACUGGUCUGAGAAGCUCCUUCACUCAGCUGCACAAUUCAAGUUGUUGCUUUUAGUUAACCUUCAGAGACUUGAUCCACCGUUUUAUCGAGAGUAAAACGUCCAGUUAAUUAAGACACGAUGUCUGCGGUGAAAACCGGACUGUCCCUGCGGACCUUAGCUCUGACUCCAGAGAGAAUCCCCAGCUUCCUCGUCCCUUCUCGCGGUCGCUUCCUGGCCUCUCCGCGGCUCCGCAGGUGCUCCACUGACCGGACCAGACUCCUGUCGGACUCUGACUCAACGGACGCCAGCCCACCUGUGACCCCGACUGGCCUCAUGGCGACCUCUCCUCGUCUGCUUCGCACACCCACACCGCGUCUGGGCCGUCUGCGCCGCGCCGCCGCUACAACAGAGGACAACACGGACGCGACGGUGCAAGCGGCAAUGUCUCAGGUGCACGUGCCCAAGGUGACCACACCUUAUGGCUUUCGAGCUGUUUUGGCCACGAGUCCGUGCACAAAUGGGACUUUGUUCCACAGGAGCAAACCCGUGAAGGUGACUGUCACAGAUGCUGGAGCCCAGGACCCAGAGACUCCCCACAGUCCAGGUCCUGAUGGGUCCCGGGCCAGCAUCCGGCCCAUUAAGUCUCUUGGUCUGCAGGUGAUGAAGGAGCUGAAGAAACCCGUAGCUGCUCUGAAGGCUCUGAGCCCCUCAUACCGGAUCACUUCACCCCGCUAGUGGACCACCCUUGAUAAAUUUAACUAUGAAUCGAGUUUUUAUUUUGAUGAUUUUAAAUAAAGGUUUUGAUAAAU